AUGGUUGACUAUAUCAAAAAAUCAGUAAUGAAGACAUUUCAGUGGAUGAAGAACUUGAAAAAGUAAGACUUUACUCAUUUUGUUAUGAGUGCCAAAUAGCAGAUUUCUUUUAUUAGAAAUUCAAAGAUAAUAAUCUACUAUAUGAAAUGCAACCUUUGUUUUUGCCCACACAAUUUUUUACAAAUUAGAUACACCAUUCUUUGGAGUGGUGAAACUUAUAUACAAAUAAAAAUUUGA